UGCAUCGACUCUCCUUUCCCUUUGUGAUUAAAUUUUAUUUACGAAAAUUUGACAAUAUUUCCUGAUAUUGUGAAGUGUUUUGUGUGACAAAGUGGCAGUGAAAUAAAAAUGGAAGACGGAUGUCAAAGAUGCUUCACAAGGGUGCCUUAUGCGACCCUGAUAGCGACCAUAAUGUGUUGUUUGGGCGUGGGGGUAUUCUGUGGGACAAUGUACCGAGGCUCAACGUUGUCCAUACUAAUGUUUGAUGAAGUAUUCCACUUCCGUCUCAUAUGGAUAGAAGCUCUACAAAUCAUUUUUAUAGUAGGCGGCGCGUGUAUGGCGGCGUUGGGCUUCAUGUUAUUAUGUUUGGGCUGCUUGACAACAGGUGCAACCAGGCAAAGAGUUUAUCGAGCAUGGCGAGCUAGAGUCGGCGGGCGAAUAUCCUGCGCCGUUUUCAUGAUCAUAACUUACAUCCUCACUGUCACAUGGGUCCUCCUACUUUGCUUCUUAGUCAUCACUACGUUUUUAUUCACGAUAUUCUGGAAACUUUGCUCGAAACCGAAAAACAUCGACCUAUCAACCUGUAUCGAUUUUACGCAAUUCGACUUCAUGUUUCCGUCCACGGUUAAGCAAGAGGACAUGAGAAUUUGCGAAGCUCAUAAAAUGAAAUUGUUCUGCAAAGAUUAUGUAGAGAAAGCAGAGUUUAUGUUCAUUUUAGCAAUGGUCUCAUGCAUACUGGUUAUCCUGAGUUUAGUGCAUUACCUUAUGUGUUUGUCGGCUAAUUACGCACAUAUUAGAGACCAUGACAAGUUCCAAGAACUGCAAGAGCUUCAAUACCUGACCAACCCUAAUUUGCAUGCGUCCAAGGAUAGAUUCUAGUAUAUGGCCCGCGCACCUCUACUGCGCUCCCUAGAGGCUUCCACGAAGAUGUGACACAAUUUAUAAGUAAAUGCACUUGCAUGAUGGAACUAACAUUUAAAAAAAAAUUAAGUGUUCACUGCCCAAUUUUAGAUUAAAAAGACUGAACACAGUGAAUAAAGACUAUGAUAAUUUACCUAAUUCAAUGUUUACGUAGAAAUAUCCUUUACAUAUCUAAUUUUUGCCUCAAUUUUCCAUGAUGUUUAAAGAUUUUUAAUGCUUCAGUGUAUUUUAUAACUGAAUAUUCUGAUGAGACAUUUACUUAAUGUAGAUUAUAACUAAAAAUGUUGGUAGCUUGCUCAUUCUAAUGCCACCUUUUAAUAUUUAAUAGUAAGAUUCACUGAAAUUACUUUAAAGAUUCCUAUUAAAUAAAUGUCUCAAUAGAGUCAUUAAAAGGUCCACUAUCAUUGACAAGAACUAACAUUCCUUCCUAAUGUACCUAAUUUUUAUUAUACCCUAGUUUAAUAUGGUAUUACAGACUUACUGAUUGGAUUACUGCAACACAAGUAGUGAUAGUUGGCCAAAUUAAAUUUAAAUGUUAAUGAUAUUCUUCUUUUAAAUGUUAUGACCCCAUUGAAAUAAUCGAUGAUUUCACCAAUGUCUAGUAAAAAUUACUAUGUAUGGUAGUUUUGUAAAAAUAAUAUAAAAAUUAUGGUGGACCCAAAAACUCCCGUUAAUGAUAUAAAUAUUUGCAUUGUUAAAAAAUUGUAUGUGACUAUUAGUCAUUCUAUACUUGAUGAACAAUGCUUAUACAUCGCUUUAUCAAUCUGCCAUCCUUUCAUGAGACAAACAGAAACGAACUGGCUUACACAGUUACAGUACAACGAUCAUCUAUCAGUGCUCUUUGUAUUAUCUAAUAUCUAUUAUUGUGUUAAUUCUAGACUUAGUUUUAAGGUGCUUAAUAUUGUUUUUUAUUUUAUUGGCACUUAUAGUUAAUUUCGGUCUGUUUAUUGAGUCUGUGUACUAGUUUAUUGUUUUUCUAAGUAAUGUAUAUCUACCAAAUGAAAUUAACUUUUAGGUAAUCAAUUAAAUUGAUUGAUUAUGACAUGUAAAUGUCAAAAUCAAAUGGAGGUUCAAAAUUGAGUACAACUCUAAAUUUGAUUACUAAUAAAUAGAUGCAACUUUUUAAUUAGGAACAGAAUAAGUGACAAUAAAGUCACUUAUUCAGCAAUUAGAGACUGAACUAUUUUGCAGCUGACUUGUUUCUUAACUUUAUGCAACAAUUUAUCAGAGAGGAUGCCAUACAAAUGAAAACUGUGAUGAAACCAUGUUGUGACACCAAUUUUUGACUAGUGAAAAUUGUACACUUCUCUUUGUCAACUCUGCUUUUUGUACUAUUGUCACAGCCUGCUUUUUUAGCACAAUGUAAAUAGCCUAUAUAAAGAUUUAUAAUCACUUUAUACAUACACUUUAUACAUUUACAAUACAUAGAAUAUUUAAGACAAAAAUACAUGAAGUGACAAGACUUCUUUACAAAACAUUCUGACCUUCUAAGUUUUGUACAUAAUGACGCUUUUAAUGGAAAUUUUAGUGAUGAUUAUAGGAAACUUCAAAUCAAAUGAGAUGGUGACCAAGCAUUCAUCUAUUUUACAUUAAAAAACGAAGCCUACAUUUGUUAGUUUCCAAAUAGUCACCAAGCAAACAACACUGCUCAAGUUAUUUUCAAGUAAAUUUGAAGGAAAGUGGAAAACCUGAAUAUAUUACAGCAUACAUAAGUUUUUUUAUAUUAUUGUUAGUAAUAUUUGCUAUAUUUAUGGUUAAUAUUCUGUUAGUUAUAUUGUUUUGUUGACAUUCUUGUUUAUUUUGACUUCAAUGUUUAAAAGUAAAAUAUACAAUGUUUAAAAGUAAUUUUCACUUGAAUAGUGUUGUUUGGUACAUGACAUAAUGCCAAGACACACUUUAAUUGGAGUAUAUUUGUGUGUGUUGUAGAUAUAGAUGUAGUUAUUGUGACUUCGUCAUUACUGUGUACGCCCAGUCCUUGUUCAAUUUCAGUAAGUUAGAUUAUAAGUAAAUAAAUUUGCUUUUACCGUUAAAACAUUUUUGUUAUUCACAAAGUGAUUUCUAAUAUAUAUUUUUAAUACCCAUUGCACAAUACACGAGAUCAAGCUAAUUUUGUAAUGAGAUGGAUUAUAGUUAUGAUAAGACAAUAAAAUAGGUUGUUUAAAAUGAUUUUAAACAUUUGUAAUCAGUUUAAUGUCAUACAGUAGUUAUUAGAAUGUAUCCACCUAUUAUACCUUAAUUUUUUGUAUUAGUUAGUAUAAAUGUUUUAUAAGUUAGUAAAUGUUCG